UUAUAAAUAAAUAUCGCUGAAUGUACGUGCGAGAUAAUUGUGUCUAUGUAAUCUAUUAAUAGGACGGUUUUUGUUUGUUUUUCGCUUUGAUGUUUCUCGCGCCGGCAGCGGUCGUAUCCACACUAAAAAUAAUGUAACCGAUGUACGACUGAACUAUAUUUGAGAAGCAGGUAGUCGCGAGCUAAUAUUUUCGGCUUUAGUACGGUGCGCUGAAAUAUAACGUAACAUUCCUUCAACAUUCACUUUCGUCGUCUUACGCUGUCGUCUAGCAAAUUUAAAUAUUAAGCAAAUCUAAUAAGUUUACAAUAUGAAGAAUAAAUUUAGGAAUACAGACUCUAACAUUAAGGCGGGUGAUCUUCUUUUAACUGAACAGCCGUUCGCCUUCGUGUUGAUGUCUAAAGAAAAGGGUAUUCGCUGUGAUAACUGCUUGGAAAAGGGCAAGGUGCUCAAAUGCUCGGGAUGCCAGUUCGUGCACUACUGUGGGCGAGCGUGCCAGAGGGAUGCGUGGAAUGACCACAAGUGGGAAUGCGCGAAUCUGAAGAGAGUGGCGCCUAAAGUGGUCCCCGAUGCGGCUCGGAUGCUGGCGAAGAUCAUUAACCGGCUCGCCAGGGGCGACGGCCAUUCUUAUAGGUCUUUCUAUUCCGCCACUGGCUUCAGGAUGUGGAAGGACCUGAUGUCGCAUUAUUCCGACCUGAAAGCCGAUAAGAAACGGAUGGAGCACUUUUCGUCACUAUGCGUUGUGCUGUUCGAGUUCCUGAAGGACAUAUCCCUUCCUAACACCGUCGAACUUAUGGGCAUAUACGGAAGAAUGAUCAUAAACAGCUUCACGAUCCUGGACACGGACAUGAACUCGAUAGGCACGGGCGUGUAUCUGGCGUCGUCUAUAGUCGACCACAGUUGCAACCCCAACGCGGUGGCCACUUUCGACGGCAAGACGAUUAACCUGCGGGCGCUCACCGACCUACCAUGUCUGGACUGGGACCAGAUCCGCAUUUCCUACAUCGACCUAAUGUACACACCGUACGAGCGACAAACGGAUCUACUGGAGAACUAUUACUUCCUAUGCCAGUGUGAGAAGUGCUUGGACGAAACCCAAGUUCGUACGGUGCACGCGGCAAAAUGCCUCAACGUAGACUGCAAGAACACAGUCAACAUUCCGUGGAAGAACUGCCCUUUAGUGAGAAAGGCUGACAGUAAACACGUAAACGGGGUCAGUGUGAACGGGGACAGUAACGGGGAUACUGUGAACGGGGACAGUACCGGGGAUACUGUGAACGGCGAAAAUAGGGUGGAAGAGUUGCCUGAUGUUAUAAGGUGUGACGAAUGCGGGACCAAAUAUACGGAUAAGCACGUGGAGGACUUCCAACGGGCUAUGGACAUAACUGAAGAGCAUCUAAAGGUCAUGAAGGACGCUUCUGUGGCUUACGUGGACAUAUGCCAGUACUGCCUGUCGCGGCAGGGCGCGCUGCACCCGCUGAACGUGCUGCGCGCGCAGACGCUCGACCACGCGUUCGACGCGCUAGUGCUCGUGCGCCUGUGGGAGCGCGCGCAGGACAUCGCCGAACUGCUGCUCCCCUGCUUCCGAUUUUACUACGGCGAGCGACACCCCCUCCUAGGCAUCCUCCACCUCAAGUACGGUAAGAUCCUUCUAUACAAGAUGUGGAUACCAAAAGCGUUGGAACACUUCAAGAGCGCCGAGAAGAUACUUAAGAUAACCCACGGCGAUAAGCAUCCGCUGUAUAGAGAACAACUGAUGCCUAUCAUGAGGCAGGCCAUGGUGGAAUCGAGCUACGGAAAUUAAAUUA